CGCGUCUGUAGUUGGUUCAAACCCCCGGGUCAGAGGAAUGACAAAUGCGUGGUGCUCAUAACUAGAGGUGUUGUUUUUGUUUAUUUUUAAACGAGUUUUACUUAUAUAAUAACGAUUUAAAAAAUAAAAUAAAAAGCUUCCGUUAAAAAUCAUAUGGACAAGACAACACCGUAAGAACAUAAUUAUUUUAUUUUUUUUUGACCGAUUUUGCCUCGUCACUUGAAAUACCGUUUCAGUUUCCGCCUGAACGGGCUGCUAACCAGUUAGCAUGCUAACUAUCUAGCCUGUCUUCACACGAAAAUAGUCAAAUAACACGAACAACGCAACGACUAAACUAAUACACGCAGAUUCAUUCCGUGUUAUUUAACUCGUAAAAAUAGUAUACGUUUACUACUUGAAUCGUCGACUUUUCUGGGUUGGAAAACAACCCGUUUUAAGUGAGCUAAGUUGUUAGCCACAUCACAACAUAACUACCGUGAGGACGGUCACCGGGAGCCUCCCGGUCCCCGCGUCUACAGACGGACAAUUAUGGAAGUGAAAUAACUAUAAUAUAACCAACUCCUACAUUUCAUAUUGUUCAUUUAUAUAUCAAAUAAAACAUGUCAGCCAGUGGUUUCUCCGACCUGCGGGAAAAGCUGAAGUCCAUGACUCCUCACCGGGACAAUUACAAAAACAGAGUUACCGAUAAGGACGACAGUUACAAAAAUAGGAAAGUUAAAGUUACCGACGGAGGUAGUAGUAACGGGAACGGCCGGAAGCGGAAGCACCGAGAUUCCUCCGAGGAUGAGGUCGAGCCUGUGGAGUCCCGUGAGCAGGAGGCGAGGCGUGUCCAGAGUGGCAUUGUUCAGGUAGAGGUCUUCUCUAAAGAGGACUGUGAUGUCAUUGAGGGCAAGAUAAAUGAGGUGGUUGCUAACGGAGAAGCGGGGCUUUACCGGGAACACACCGUAGAUCGGGCACUACGGAACAAAUAUUUCUUUGGAGAGGGCUAUACAUACGGGGCCCAGCUAGAGAAGAGAGGACCUGGUCAGGAGAGAUUGUACCCUAAAGGAGAGGUGGACGACAUCCCGACCUGGGUUCACGACCUCGUCAUCACUAAACUGGUCGCCAGCGGGGUCGUACCUGAAGGUUUUGUGAACUCAGCGGUGAUCAACGACUACCAACCAGGCGGCUGCAUCGUGUCACAUGUCGACCCGCUCCACAUCUUCGCCCGGCCAAUCGUAUCCGUGUCCUUCUUCUCAGACUCGGCCCUCUGCUUCGGCUGCCGCUUCCAGUUUAAACCAAUCAGAGUGUCUGAGCCCGUCCUUGAGCUUCCUGUCAGGAGAGGAAGUGUUACUGUCCUCAGUGGCUACGCGGCUGAUGACAUCACCCACUGUAUCCGCCCCCAGGACAUCAAGGAGAGACGAGCCGUCAUCAUCCUCAGGAAGACGAGACCAGAUGCUCCCCGUGUAGACCAAGCCCCUCCCCUAACCCCUCCCCCUGAGAGACACGCCCCUCUGAAGGCCAAACGCUCUCACCGCAGAGCUGACCCAGACGCUGCACACAGACCGAGGGUUCUGGAGAUGGAUAAGGAGGAGAAUCGUCACUCCUCCUCUUCGUCCCGCCUUCAUCGCCGUAGCAACAGCUCCGAGAACUACUGGAGGCGGAGCCGAGAUGGCGACGUGUCACGCAAGGUCAAGAUGCGGCGUCACUGAACACCGGACUGGAUGGG